CUCUUUCCACACUCCUUCCUUUCUUUACUUUUCCUCUCCCGCUUUCUUGUAAGCUGUUCUGAUAAAAAACUUUCCCACACAAUAUCUGUCAAAAAAACCGCCACAAAACCAAUAGAAAAUCUAGCCCACAUGUUUUCUUGGAAGCCAAACACCAUCUUCCAUUUCUAGAAACUUGGGCAAGGAUCAACGUUUUUUUAGUUUGGUGGUCGUACCUUUAUUCGGUCAACACUCUCUCCUCCUAUUACAUAUACAAGCACACGCAUAUGCAUAUAUAUAAUGGUUAUGUUUGUAUGUAUGAAUCAACGUGUUGAAGCUUGUGCUCGAUUUUGGUAUAUUCAAUCUCUGCUCUGAAGUUGCGUGGUUUGGAUCGUUGUAAUUCGAAGUCAGAUAUUUGGUCAAAUUCAACUGAAUUGUAUUCUCCGUGUUUAAUGGGAACUUCCGGUGAUUCUCCGAGGAAGAUCGUCUCCGGCGGCUCCGGUUACGUUCUCGAAGACGUCCCUCAUUUGAUCGAUUACAUUCCUGAUCUCCCUACUUUUUCCAAUCCAUUGCAAGACAACCCUGCAUACUCGGUUGUUAAGCAAUAUUUUGUCAAUGUUGAUGCCACUGUUGCGCAGACGAUCGUUGUUCAUAAGAGUAGUCCAAGAGGGACGCAUUUUCGACGUGCUGGACCCCGACAAAAGGUGUAUUUUGAGUCGGAUGAAGUCCACGCUUGCAUUGUGACAUGUGGGGGAUUAUGUCCUGGUCUCAACACAGUGAUUAGGGAAAUAGUAUGUGGCCUCUACCAUAUGUAUGGUGUUAAGAAAGUCCUUGGAAUAAAUGGAGGAUACAGGGGUUUCUAUUCUCGAAACACAAUCACUUUAACACCCAAAGUUGUUAAUGAUAUCCAUAAACGUGGUGGAACAGUUCUUGGGACAUCACGAGGGGGCCAUAAUACUAAAAAGAUAGUUGAUAGCAUUCAGGACCGUGGUAUUAAUCAGGUUUACAUUAUUGGAGGAGAUGGAACUCAGAAAGGGGCAUCUGCGAUUUAUGAGGAAAUUAGAAGGCGCGGUCUCAAAGUUGCAGUAGCUGGAGUCCCUAAAACUAUUGACAAUGACAUUCCGGUCAUUGACAAGUCCUUUGGCUUUGACACUGCUGUUGAGGAGGCUCAACGUGCCAUAAAUGCAGCACAUGUUGAAUCUGAAAGUAAUGAGAAUUGCAUUGGUCUUGUGAAAUUAAUGGGUCGCGACAGUGGGUUUAUUGCAAUGCAUGCUACUAUUGCGAGCCGAGAUGUGGACUGUUGCUUGAUUCCAGAGUCACCCUUUUAUCUUGAAGGAGCAGGAGGACUUUUUGAAUAUAUAGAGAAGAGACUCAAGGAAAAUGGGCACAUGGUUAUUGUCAUAGCCGAAGGUGCAGGACAGGAGCUUCUUUCUGAAAGUUUGCGUUCUAGUCAUCAGCAAGAUGCUUCCGGAAACAAGCUUCACCAAGAUGUUGGGCUUUGGAUAUCUCAGAGUAUCAAGGAUCAUUUCUCAAGACAAAAGAAGAUGGCUAUCAACCUCAAAUAUAUAGAUCCCACAUACAUGAUCCGAGCUGUUCCAAGCAAUGCAUCUGACAACGUAUACUGCACACUUCUUGCCCAAAGUGCUGUUCAUGGAACGAUGGCAGGGUACACAGGCUUUACAGUGGGCCCUGUCAAUGGCAGACAUUCUUAUAUACCCUUUUAUCGGAUUAUUGAGAGACAGAACAGAGUUGUGAUAACAGAUAGGAUGUGGGCUAGGCUACUGUCUUCGACCAAUCAGCCAAGCUUUAUGACUGCAAAAGAUGUCAUCAACGAUAUUGGGGAGGAAGAGCCACUGACUCAGAUGUCGGAUGACAACUCGUCAGACGACAAGAUGAUCAAAGAGAACGGUUACUGAUGGUGACAUUGCAAUGCUAUAGAGAUCAUUAUAUUUAUUGCUUUAGCCUCUAAAAUUUUUAUUAGCCAGCUUACCAGAAUUCCCUCCAACAAGGGCCUUGAUUCUGUCGGUUUUUUUUUUUUUUUUUAAAUGUAAGCAAAAUACGCUGGCGAUUUGCUCCUUUUAAGUUGUUGCGAAAGGUUUGUCCGGUAUAUAUAGGGAUCUUUGUAUGCUGAAAUAAACUGGUUGGUUGUAAUGGCAAUUAUGGUAUUUGAGAAAAACAAAUUUACAGCCAUUCUAUGA